UGUUAAUAGCAGCCUCUUUUUUUUUAACACAGUCAAAUCAGCAGCCUCUUGAUUCAUAAAGGGGAAUUGUGAAUACACAGCAUAUACAUGUAUUUCCUAUGCGAGAGAAGUGCCUAACAAGAAGCCUGGUGGAAUUUGAUUUCAGAUACUUUAACCUCUGGACAGAUGCCACAUUCCUAAAAAAAACACACAAGUCAAUGUUCGACGUGAGAAAGGACACAGCCAGCAAUAAGCCAGAACACCAGAGAUGGCUUCUCACACAAUCCAGUACCAACAUCCAGCCCCAACGAUUCAAGCCUCCUCCUUCACCAUCAAGAUCAUCUACUGGGUAUUUCUGAUCUCCUAUCUCCCAAGCUGUUCCAGUAAAACUGAAGAUGCCGAUUACGAAGAUGUUACUCCUAAUAAAACGUGGAUGCUAAAUCCAAAGAUUUCCAAAAGCGACGUGACUGAUAUUUUAAACAACUUAUUGGAAGGCUACGACAAUAAACUCAGACCCGAUAUAGGAGUAAAACCGACGAUAGUUCACACUGACAUGUACAUAAACAGCAUUGGUCCAGUGAAUGCUCUCAAUAUGGAAUAUACCAUUGAUAUAUUUUUUGCCCAAACAUGGUAUGACCGACGUCUGAAAUUUAACAGCUCUAUGAAGGUGCUUCGGCUGAACAGUAAUAUGGUGGGCAAAAUCUGGAUCCCUGACACUUUCUUCCGAAAUUCGAGGAAGGCUGACGCACAUUGGAUUACAACUCCGAAUCGAAUGCUUAGGAUUUGGAACGAUGGAAGAAUCCUGUACACACUAAGGUUAACAAUUGACGCUGAAUGCCAACUUCAACUACACAACUUCCCAAUGGAUGAACAUUCCUGUCCUUUGGAAUUCUCAAGCUAUGGAUAUCCCAAGGAUGAGAUUGUCUACCAAUGGAAACAUAGCUCGGUGGAGGUUGGAGACACUCGCUCUUGGAGACUCUAUCAAUUUGCUUUUCUUGGAUUACGAAACACCACAGAAUUCAUCACGACCACUUCUGGAGAUUACGUUGUUAUGGCAGUGUACUUUGACCUAAGCAGACGGAUGGGCUAUUUCACUAUUCAGACCUACAUUCCUUGUAUACUGACUGUCGUUUUAUCCUGGGUAUCAUUCUGGAUCAAUAAAGAUGCUGUACCAGCGAGGACAUCAUUAGGGAUCACCACUGUGCUGACGAUGACCACCCUGAGUACCAUUGCUCGUAAAUCGCUACCCAAGGUGUCCUAUGUGACAGCGAUGGAUCUCUUUGUAUCUGUCUGCUUUAUCUUUGUGUUUGCUGCCCUGAUAGAAUAUGGGACCUUGCAUUACUUUGUCAGUAACAGAAAGCCCAGCAAAGUCAAAGACAAGCGGAGGAAUCGGCUUCUUCGGAUGUUUUCGUCAAAGGCUCCGACUGUUGACAUUCGCCCCAGAUCCGCUGCCGUCCAGAUGAACAACGCCUCACACCUGCAGGAGAGAGACGAGGAGUAUGGCUAUGAGUGUCUGGACGGCAAGGAUUGCGCCAGCUUCUUCUGCUGUUUUGACGAGUGCCGCACAGGAGCGUGGAGACAAGGAAGGCUACACAUCCGAGUCACCAAGAUUGACCAGUACGCCAGGAUCUUCUUCCCUACGGCCUUUGGUUUGUUCAACCUGGUCUAUUGGGUUGGCUACCUUUACCUGUAAAUAUCAAGAGCUGCCAUAAGCCUCGGCCCCAUCUGGUGCAGAUCCAUUAAAACCACCUGUAAAAACUAGAUCUUCAAGGAGAAAAAAAAACGCUGUAAAUUUUUAAGUAUCUCUUACACAGAUGAUUGAUUGAAAGUUCAGUGCAUGUUUUUUUCUUUCUUUCUUUGGGUCAAACGAUCGCCAAAAUGCUACAAGAUCUUUUUUUUCUAUAAAAAAAAUCUUUUUUUUCUGUCUCUCUGGCGGACUGGACUGUAAUUUGAAUGAAAUGUGUAACAAGCCAAAUCCACCUACUUAUC